CAUUCAAUAUUUUGCCUUGUCAAAUUGGAAUAACAGAAUUAUAUUUGAAAUCUAGGGUUCCUGAGUUCGUCAAAGAAAGAAGGUUCGCAAACUGGAUUAUAAAUGCCCGAGAUUGGAAUAUUUCUCGUAAUCGGUAUUGGGGUACGCCAAUUCCACUAUGGGUUAGCGAUGAUUAUGAAGAGAUUAUUUGUGUUGGCUCUUUGGCGGAAUUAGAAGAAUUAUCUGGUUGUAAUAAAUUGACAGAUAUUCAUCGCGACAAAAUUGAUAAUAUUACUAUUCCUUCAAAAAAAGGAAGGGGUGUAUUAAAAAGGGUAGAAGAAGUCUUCGAUUGUUGGUUUGAAUCUGGCAGUAUGCCGUACGCACAAUGUCAUUACCCUUUUGAAAAUAAAGAAAAGUUUGAAGCAUCUUUUCCUGCCGAUUUUAUUGCUGAAGGGCUUGAUCAAACAAGAGGAUGGUUCUACACACUUAUGGUUUUAUCUACACAUCUAUUUAAUAAACCAGCAUUCAAAAACCUAAUAACAAACGGUCUGGUAUUAGCAUCAGACGGUAAGAAAAUGAGUAAACGCCUUAAAAAUUAUCCUGAGCCUCGAAUUAUCAUUAACGCAUAUGGUGCCGAUGCUUUGAGAUUAUAUCUUGUUAAUUCUCCGGUCGUACGUGCUGAGCCAUUGAGAUUCAAGGAAGAAGGUGUCAAGGAGGUUAUUUCCAAGGUUUUCCUGCCUUGGUAUAAUGCUUAUCGUUUCUUGGACUCGCAAGUUGUGUUGUUGAAAAAGAAUACUGACAUAGAGUUUAAAUACAAUCCGUUGGCAAAGAAAUCAGAAAAUGUUAUGGAUAGGUGGAUACUGGCAUGUACUCAAAGUCUUAUAAAGUUUGUACGUGAGGAAAUGGAAGCCUAUAGAUUGUACACUGUUGUUCCAAGAUUGCUAAAUCUCAUCGAACAAUUGACCAAUGGAUAUGUUAGAUUUAAUCGCAAGCGACUGAAGGGCGAAAAUGGCCCAGAAGAUACCAUAGAUGCAUUAAAUACAUUAUUUGAAGUCUUAUUAACAUUGAGCCGUGUUCUGGCUUCUUUCACCCCCUUCCUCACGGAACAUAUUUACCAAAACCUAAAAAAAUAUUUACCACCAUCUGAUUCCAAUGAAGAUACUCGAUCUGUUCACUUUUUAUCUUUUCCAGAAGUGAGGAAUGAGUAUUUUGACUCUGAGAUUGAACGUCGUAUGUCACGCAUGCAGGCAGUUAUUGAUUUAGGUCGAGUUAUUCGCGAAAAAAAAAAUAUUGGACUUAAAACACCAUUGAAAGAGCUUGUCGUAAUACAUUCGAAUUCACAAUAUCUUUCAGACGUUAUGUCACUUGAAAAUUAUAUUGUUGAAGAACUAAAUAUCAAAAAUCUUCUUGCUACGUCGGAUGAAAGUAAAUAUGGUAUAAAGUAUCGAGCAGAGGCUGACUGGAAAGUGUUAGGGCAAAAACUUAAAAAAGACGCCGUUAAAGUAAAGAAUGCCUUACCUAAAUUGACUUCUGAACAAGUCAAAGAUUUCGUAUACAAUAAAGAAAUUUUAAUUGAUGGAAUUAAAGUGAUCGAAGAAGACCUUCAAAUAAUAAGAUAUUUCGAAGAUGCUAAUAGCCAUUAUGAAACGAGUACCGAUAAAGACGUCCUUAUACUUUUGGAUGUCAGAGUAUACAAUGAUUUGCAAGAGGAAGGAUGGGCUCGUGAAAUUGUGAAUCGUGUUCAGAGAUUACGAAAAAAGGCAGGACUACAGCCUACAGAUCCAGUAUUAACAUAUUAUAGAUUUAUCGAGGAUAUUGAUAAUCAAAUAGAAACCGUCCUUAAGACACAAAGUGACAUUAUUAUCAAGACUUUAAAACGCCCAUUAUUACCAAUUACAGAAAAAAUCGAUGGAGCUGAAGUUAUCAUUGAAGAAGUUCAAGAUAAAAUGCCAAGUCAAGAACAUAAUUUAGCCGGAGAAAGACAAGCGGCCACUUGUAAUAUACCAGAUCUUAAUAACCUCGUGCCUGAUUCCGUAUCUAACGACAAAAAGGAUGCAGAGUUUCCUGAAUCCAAAAUUACCACGGAAGAUAAAAAUGAUAAUGUAAUUCAAAAAGAUACACCAAUUAACAAUCAUUAUAAUAAAACUCGAGAUACAAAUGCACAAAACAUUGAACCGAUGGACUGGACGCCGACAAAAUCGGAUGGGUCUCUCCCUUCUCCUGUGCGAUCACGAUCGCGAUCUGGUUCUGAUUCUGAAUCACCGUCAUCUAAUAAGUCGGUUACCGUCAAUUUAAUUCCGCUUACCGAUUCGAUUUCAUUCGCUUCUAAACACUUGAUAUUUGCUCCUGAUCAGGAGAUGAAGGUGGGUAGAGUGAGUGGAAGUCGUAAUCAGAAAGAAGCCAAAGCGGAAAAUGGUGUAUUCAUUUGUGAUGUCAUGUCUAGAGAGCAUGCGAUUCUCAAGGAAGAGAACGGAAAGAUUUUAAUCAAAGACACUAAAAGUACCCACGGUACUUUUGUCAACAACAUUAGGUUAGGAGACGGUACACAGGAUAGUGAAUGGCGAGAAUUAGAUCAUGGUGAUAUUAUUACCUUUGGACAUAGUGUGAGACGUAAUCAAAAUUUGUACAAGCAUUUAUCCGCCUGCGUUUUCUAUCCUAAAGGAAAAAGAGAUCUACCUAAUAUACCAAUCUCUCUCAAUGGUAACUCAGCAAUUGGGCAUGCUAUUGAUGCGGAGAAACCCCAAUCUGAUAAAUUCGAAAGUCAAGCUCUUUCCGCUACGAUGACGAAUAUAGCACAAAUCCAAGACCCGUCUUUAGAAUCUUCUGCACGUUCAACGACAUCUAACAAUAAAGAAGAAAAGACGGCAGAGAUUCAAUCAAAUAAUAUAGCUCAAAAGGCUAGUGAUGAUCAGGUAGCAUCUGCCAAUGAUACCUCUGCUUCUGAUCAUGGUAAAAAUGUUUAUACUGAAUCUAAAUCGCGUGAAAUAGAAAAACCUGAAUCGCCUAAUGAAGUUAAUCGUGCAGAUGAACCUGUGAUUACCACCCCAGCAAAUCUUGCACCUACUAAUUCUUCAUCGAAUGUAUCGAUGAAUCAAAUGAAACAUAUAUCUGCUGUUAAAUUAGAGAAACGAACUGUUACAGAUAUCACUAAUAAAACCGAGGCUCAUCCAUUAAAAGAAGAAAUUAUAUCUUCUGACGAUUUCCGUAAGACCGAUGAUACUAAACCCGUGACUCCAGCGAUUACUCCGGAUCCUAGCCCAAUUGAAGCACCUGCAGAUGAUCCAGAUAAUAAAUCAUCUGCAUCCUCCGUUUUAAUUAAAGAGCAAAUUACCUCGCAGGCCUUAGUAGAAAUAAAACCUAGAAUUCCGUGUAUGGAUAUUAACGAAAAAGAGUAUUCUGCAAGCAACGGCGAAGGUCCAUCUUAUUAUAAGGAUGCUACAAUUAUUAAUAUUCCGCCUCGUAAACGCAAGUUUGAGGAUGUAGAUGACUAUAAUCUCUAUAAUCUUCAUCAGGUGGAAAUGCUCAAAAAACGAAUAGCAGAGUUAGAGAGUCGAGCUAAUAAACGCAGAAGGUGGGAACUUAUUGCUUCUACAGUAGUUGGUAUGGCUGCCGGUGUCGUCGGUCUUGGA